UGUUAGCAAGGUUUGACUGCUGGAUGCGUGUCGCGAACGCACUGAGCUUCACAUUAUUUGAGGCUGGAGCCAUGAAGUUCAAAGUCAAUGCCAAAUUACUCCCUGUGAAGGCAUGCUACUUCUUCUUUUUUGGGGGUGUGGCACCAAUACUGCCAUUCCUGCCAGUGUAUGCACACCAGCUGGGUGUGUCAGAGGUGGGUGUGGGCACCAUCUACCUGGCACUGCCCGUGCUGGCUUCGCUGAUGCGGCCGCUGGUGGGCGGGCUGGCCGAUGCCACACACCGACACAAGCUGGUGUUCCUGCUGCUGCUGACCGUGACAACGGUCGGCUACGCGGCGCUGCACUUUCUGCCGCCGCUGCCGGCUGCGCCGUCGGCCCUCUCAGCUGAUGUGCAGCUGGACUGCGGCGGCCAGACGUUCGUGCGCGUGUGCGCUGGGCAGCACCCCUCCUGCCACGCCCAGCAACUCGCGGCCGCCGCGCACAACGCCACCGCCUUGUGCCAGCUACAGUGCGACCAGUGGCCCGACUGCGGCUCGGCCUGGUGCCGCUCGGCGUCCGUGGCGCCGCCGCCGCUGCAACUGCAGCUGGACCUGAAUGGCGCCGACCUGGAGGGCCGCUGCCUCUUCCUGCCGGUGUGGAACGUGUCGGGUGGCGAGGGGCCUCACAGCCGUCCGACCUGCCGCAGCGCUCAGACAGUCAGCUGUCGCCUCAGCUGCGACGACGCGACGCUCAUGAAGACGCUCGACGCCAAAGCGGUCGACACGGGCGCCUACUAUCGCACCAGCCAGUUCUGGUUGAUGGUCUUGUUCCUAGUGCUGGCAUGGGUGGGCACCUCGCUGAGCGUGCCGCUGGCGGACUCCAUCGCCUUCAAGCUGCUCGACGAUCCGGCUCGGUACGGCUACCAGCGCGUCUGGGGAUCGAUCGGCUGGGGUGCCUUCAGCUUCCUGUCUGGCUACCUGGUGGACGUGGCCAGCGCGGGCCGCCACGCCAAGGACUACUCCCACGCCUUCUACCUGCUCGUCGGACUCAUGGUGGCCCGGGUGCCGCUGGGAGCCAUAUCACAGGUGGCCCGGGUGCCGCUGGGAGCCAUAUCACAGGUGGCCCGGGUGCCGCUGGGAGCCAUAUCACAGGUGGCCCGGGUGCGGCUAAGGGCCAUAUCACACGUGGCCCGGGUGCGGCUGAGGGCCAUAUCACUGGUGGCCCGGGUGCGGCUAAGAGCCAUAUCACACGUGGCCCGGGUGCGGCUGAGGGCCAUAUCACUGGUGGCCCGGGUGCGGCUGAGGGCCAUAUCACAGGUGGCCCGGGUGCAGCUGAGGCCCAUAUCACAGGUGGCCCGGGUGCGGCUGAGGGCCAUAUCACAGGUGGCCCGGGUGCGGCUGAGGGCCAUAUCACAGGUGGCCCGGGUGCCGCUGGGAGCCAUAUCACACGUGGCCCGGGUGCGGCUGGUGUCACGCUGCCACUCUCGGUCGUGCUGCCAGGUGUUGAACAUCAUAGUGUGCACGCGGCUGCGGGUGUCGUCUCUGAAGGAGGCGCGGCCCAAGUUCCGGGCAGGACUAGGGGCGCUGCUGCGACGGCCACGUGUCCUCCUCUUCCUGCUCAGCUGCUGCGUCGUCGGCACCAUGACCGGCGUCCUCUGGACAUUCUUCUUCCUCCAUCUGCAGGACGUGGCCCUGGCGUGGGAUUGUUCGGCUUACGAGUGGAUCAGCAUCAUCUCCGGAGGUACCCUGCUGGUGCAAUGCUUCUUCGGAGAGGUGCCCUUCUUCUUCAUAUCGGGCUGGAUCAUUGGAAAACUGGGUCACGUUCACACGCAAACGGUGGUGCUGCUGGCGUUCGGCGUGCGCUUCCUGCUGUACUCGCUGCUGCGCAACCCCUGGCUGGUGUUGCCCGUGGAGCUACUGAACGGGCUGACGUUCGGCCUGUUCUACGCCAACAUGGUGGCGUACGCCGGCGUGAUCGCACCGCCAGGCAUGACGGCCACGCUGCAAGGCCUGGUGGGCGCGUCGUUCGAGUGCGUGGGGGUGGCCAUCGGCAGCGGCACCGGUGGGCUCCUCUACUACGCGGUCGGCGGAGCUCGCAUGUUCCAGGUAUACGGUCUGCUGUCGCUAACGGCGGGCGCGUUGUACGUGCUCAGUGCAGUGCAUCGUCACGUACCGCUGCGGCGAGCAGCCGGGGCCGCGCCCCGACAACGGCACGCUACCAGACACCGAGGGGGACGGCAUGCUGCGUGAGAUGCACGCGCUUCCGGCGGCCGACCGUGCCGCAGCGGCGCCGCCCGACGCCGAGGCGCUGGUGGGCGCGUAGGGGCGCGCCUCACCGCCCGCCCGCCCAGCAGUCCUCGGCCAAUCCGAGCAUCCGGGGACGUCACUCGGACGAGGACGAGGGGGCCGGCCUGCCCCGCCCCGAUGACCCGCCGCACCGCUGGGGGAGAGCGCGCAGCCAGGCGAGCGCGGUCCGGCGCCGAACGCUCCUCGGUUGUUCUGGACGUCAGUAGCCGGCGGCACUCAGCAGGCGGCUACAGCCGUAGUCAUUCUUGACACAAUAUGAUUUGCUAGUCUGGCGUGUGUGACUGGCGUGUGUGAUGUUGCACCCUCAGGCUUGGAGCGCGGCGGGGCAUGACCCAGUCACCCAGCCAGUAGGUACUUGUGUAUCUCGUAGCAUAAGACGGUUGUCCCGAAAUAGUUCCGACCAGGUGUAGUGCCACAUGGCACAUCAUUUUAGUUGUCGCGUGUGUUGUUUUGGGAAUAACAUUUUACUGAUCUUUGUGAUACUUGCUUAGCCCAAGACGAGAAGUAGACCCGAUGGAGUGUACAGUAAGGGAAACGCCUGAAAAACCGGGUAGGCAAUAGAUUUCUUAAGAAC